AUGAGCACUGCCGUCGCGCUGGUCGCAUGCUCAAUCGUAGCUCUUGUUUUGGGCAUCCGGCUAGCCCGGUCACCGCGAGCAGCGAGCAAGCCGCUAGAAAUCACACAACUUUACAUAUAUCCUAUCAAAGGACUUGGGGGAUGCGCGGUGCAGCGAGCACAUUUGGGCAAAUAUGGCCUAAUCGGAGACAGGACGUUUUCGCUGCAAAAGGUCAUUCGGGACAAGACCGACCCGUCCAAGAAGACAUAUGAAACCAUGUUUAUCGGCUACUACCUUUAUAUGGCAUUAUUCCAGGCUUCAAUCGAGCACAAUGGGAGGCAAGAAAAUGCGACCGAAGGAGAAGUGGUAGUAAAAUGGCACGGCCGAGGAACGGAGCACGGCAAAACAAUCAACGAAGCAAACGUCACCACUACUGACGAAAUUCGAUUCAAACUAUCGCCAAGUACAGAGGGGUUAGAGGCGAUUGAAACAAGUCUUCAUGUAAGCCAGGCCAAGGCUUACGACAUGGGCGACAAACUUGCAGCGUGGUUCUCGGAGCGCCUCGGGGUUGAGGCAAGACUUGCCUACAUUGGGAACGGCUCACGGCCUGUUCUGGGAUCUCUAGCGCCAAACAGCAAAGGAGGACUGAAAAAGGCCAGGCUUGCUCAGCGCCUCAUGUCCUUCAUUCCCUUUACCAGGUUUCCCGAGGAGCGUCUUGUCUUCAACGACCUUGCGCACUACCUCGUCGUCACUGAAGAGUCCACAGCGGAGGUCUCUUCCCGCCUCGAGGGCGACUUGACGAUGGAUGUUCGAAAGUUCCGUCCGAAUGUCGUUGUCAAAGGUGCAAGCGGCCCUUUCGUAGAGGACUUUUGGGGCGAGUUGACUUUUGACGGCGGUGUCCAGAUGCCUCUGACGGCCAACUGUUAUCGCUGCCAAAGUAUCACUGUCGACUAUGAAACUGGCAAGACGGCGAGUGAUGACCGCGGACUGGUAUGGAAGAAGCUGAAUAAAGACCGCCGAGUUGAUAAGGGUGCCAAAUACAGCCCUGUAUUUGGACGUUACGGAUACUGCUUCGGGUCAGCAGUUGGCGAGACAUUAAGUGUUGGCCAGAGAGCGCGAAUCUCUCACGUCAAUCCGGACAGAACGACUUUCGACUGGCCGCAUCUUACAACGUUUGGCGUUAGCCAGAAGAAAAAAUAG